AUGCAGGAUCAAUUCCGGCAGAUAUCCAUCCAAGAUUUCAACCAGAUGAUCAAGAAUAUUGAGGUUCCCGAAGAGUCUAUGUCGCCACCAAGCCAACAAGAAGAGCAAGUAGUUGGAUAUUUUGAUUCUUUAGACUUUCUGGUGGAUAUGGCACAAUCAGCUAUGGAUUUGGCGGAAGAAAUAGGUCAGAAAGAUGCUGAAGACCUAGUCUAUCCAACACCACCGGAGACGCCAGAAUAUCUACAACCAGCUUCGCUAUUAGCUAUUGGUUCCCCAGCUAGAUCUAAUCAAGAAUCAUCGCACUUAGCUGCAUGGAAAGCAUCGUUUUUGGCUGCACCAUUAAUUCAACCGAAACGACCCGGAGAGAGAACAACCAAGGCACAAUCAGAACGAUUACUUCGACAACCUGAAAAGGAUUUGCACCACAGAGAUUUGCCACCUAAGCCAGUCCACCACAGAGAUCUUAUUAAUCAUCCACUUGGCGAACAGUUCAAGCAGGCUGAAAAAGAUCAUCUUAAGGGACAUGAGGAUAUGUGUACAUGGCAAGAAAUAAGCCGGCAUAAUCCUAAAUGCAAAGGCAGGCAAAUCCUGGAUUGCAAAUGGGUGUACGCGUACAAGUUUGACUAG